UGCUUGGCACGGAAGUGGUAGUUAAGGUCUUUGUCUGUCUGUCUGAGUCGGUGUGUAAAGAUCAUUUUUCUAGCCUGUGUUUCCUGUAGAUGGAUUGAGGAAUGCAGCACCGGUACUGGCCCGUGCUGUGAGAGACGAGCAGCUGGCACUGAAAAAAAGCAACACUGGAUGAUUGGCAUUAGGAAUGCUUCUGUACCUUCAUGUGGGACUGUAUCUGCUCAUCUUCUGUUCUGUCUCCACAUCUCUGCCCAGCCCUUAUGAUGUAAAAAUGGUUGCAGUGGACCUGAACUACACUCUGUGGUGGGCCUGGAGGGGCACACACCUGAAUCAUCCUGUCAACUUCACCUCUGAUUACGCCUUAUGGAGAGAUGAUGGGUCCUAUAAGCUGGUGUGUAAAGGUUCGGGACAACUCUGGUGUGAUUUUACCAACAAGCUGAAUUUCCGAGGAACCUACCAGAUAAGGGUCAGAGCAGAAGAUAAAAAUCUGCACUCCAACUGGACUUAUCUCAGGUUUACCCCAGAUGAGGAUGUGCUACUUGGGCCUCCCAGCAGAGUGGACAUAAGGGUACACAGGGAUAUAAUAAUCCUAAUCAUAUCAGAGUCUAUCAUGAGCUCUAAGAUGGUGCUGAAAUACCAUGUUCUGUACUGGGAGCAGCUGAAACCCGAGCAGAAGAUGCUGAAGGUGUUUGAGAACUGCCAUGCUUCGCUGACUGCACUAAAACUCUGGACUGAGUACUGCGUGCAGGUCAGCCUCUACAGUCAGGACUACAAUACGGGCAGCAACUUUACAUCCCCGCAGUGUGUGUCUACAACAGGUCAAUACUUAGCCUGGCAGAUAGGUCUUGCUGUGCUGUGCGGUAUUCUUGUACUAGUAGUACUGGCAGCGAUGAUGUUUCUGAGAUUUAGAAGGAAACUGGGAGAAUACAAACCCCCGGACAGCAUUCUAGGUCUUCCAUUUGACCAUCCGCCCCUGUUGGAGGCUCAGGAGAUGAGCUGUGAGGUAGCAUGUGUGACUGCACCCUCUCCACACCUGGUACCUGAUACCACUGCAGAGCUCCAGUCAGGGUGUAGCCAGUGGAGUGGCGGGUCAGAGCAGGACUCCGGUAUCGGUUCUGGAGAGGAAAGCUGUUAAAAUCUGAAUUUAAAAACACCAAAAAAUCCUCCAUUUCCAACCAUUGUGAGGCUUGAACUGUUUUGCACUUUUGUGUUGUUUGUUUAUUUAUGCAUUGAAUCAUUGUGAUUAAGUUCACACUUUUGUAAACACUGUCAUUUUAGGGUACUGAUGUGAGUAACUGUGAUAUUUUCUCUGCUGGUCUGUACCAAAUAAGUGUAAAGAUUUAAGUGGGAGAUUUUUUAAUUAAACACAUUAGCCUGGAGCUUUCACAAUGAAUAUUGAUGAGGUAGGUGUGAACACCCCCGUAAUGGUCACCCUCCUUACUGCUGCAGGUAACGGCCUAUUAAUCUGGAAUGUGUUUGUGGUUCUUGAGGAUUUAUUUAUGAAAAUAAAAAGCUAGUUAGAGAACUAAAUCUGAAGGUAUUACAUAAGAGACUUUAUAGAAGGUCUUAGCUGUUCACAAAUGUACUUGUGCUACCUCUUCUUCAUAAAAUUUGGCAUUUUUCCAGUUAUUACUUUAUUUUUGCCAACAAUGUCAGACACAAUAAAAGCUCAUUAUUUUUUA